AUGAGCCAAAUCUUACAACCCAAUCCUUUAAAAUUUGACAACCAAGUGUUUGACUUGGCCUUUCAUCCCCAACAAAAUAUUAUCGCUUCUGGUUUGAUUACUGGCGAAAUUUUUUGUCACCGAUACUUUUGCGAGACCGAUGCAGAAAACGUUAAUUUGCUAUCAAUUCGUCCACAUAAAAAAUCAUGCCGUGGGCUGGAAUUUAGCUAUGACGGAACUGCAUUAUUUAGCGUGUCUAAAGAUAAAUCAAUUCAAGUUAUUGAUUUAGAGACGGGAAAAGUCUUGACAAAGAAACGCGAUGCUCAUGAUAAACCUAUUAAUUGUAUAUUACGUCUGAAUGAAAAUUCGCUGGCCACAGGCGACGAUGACGGUUGCAUUAAGAUAUGGGACACACGAACUGGCAAUCAACUUAUGGAAUAUUCCGAUCAUGAGGAUUUUAUUUCAGAUUUUUCCUUUCGUGAUGAUAUUAAAAUACUUGUUUCAACAAGUGGAGAUGGAACACUAUCUGUAUAUGACAUACGUAAGCCAAACUUGUUAGCUAUGUCAGAUAAUCAAGAUGAUGAAUUACUAUCUGUUACAGUUGUGAAGAAUGGUAGGAAGGUAAUUACUGGAACUCAAGACGGUGUCAUCAAUUUAUUUUCAUGGGAAAAAUGGGGCGAUUCCAAUGAUAGAAUUGUAGGUCACCCAAGUUCAGUAGAUACUAUUGUCAAAAUAACAGAAGAUCUGGUGUGCACAGGGUCUAGUGAUGGUAUAUUAAGGGUCGUUGAAAUUCUUCCGAACAAAUUUCAUGGGGUUAUUGGUGAUCACGGAGAUUUCCCUAUUGAAUGUAUUCGAAAAUCUUUUGACAGUACAUUUCUUGCUAGUUGUUCUCAUGACAAUUUCGUGAAAUUCUGGGACAUUCGAUAUCUUUAUGAAGACAAAACUGACGGUCACAGUGAUGAAACUGAUAUAAAGAUGGAGUCUAUUGAUUUUGAUACUGAUUAUAAUAAUAAAGGGAAAGGGAAAUCUAUGUCUACCAUAGGUCAGAGCAAUAAUUUCUUUGCUGACUUUGAUACUCCACCAAA